AUGGCCUGUAUUUCACUUUCUCUAGUCCUCUUCGCGUGUAUUUUCUGUUGUUCUCCGCUGUCCGGUGUGAGCCAAAACCAGUCUCCUGCGCUUUCUACCCACCUGAGUGCUGAGUGUAAGUCGGAUCUGAAGAACUACUUCCAACGAGCGUCUGCUGGUGGCGUGCGAGAACCCGCUAAAAUAUACCACGUCGUUCUUGGACUUAGCGCUCUUGGCGAAACUUUGGACGAGCUCAAGGAUGUUUGCUCCGUCUUGACUGUUCCUCUAACAAGCCCGGAUAUAGCCUUUUACCAUGCAUAUGGAAUAAAGAAGCUGAAGAUUCCUGGCUGUCAGAUAUCUCUGAAUGAAUUGAAGGAGCUGGCCAAAAAGCAUUUAAACGCCAAUGCAGCUGUGGAGGACUUGUUCUUCAUGGUGAUGGCGAUGAAGGAAGCCGAGCUGGACUAUGACCAUGGAGCUGUUGCGGGCUUCAUCGAAAAGGCCAGAACAAAGAACAAGUCCAAUCCAACCGCCAUGGCAAUGAUAUUCCAAGUGGCAGCUGCCUUGAACCUGUCCAAGAGCAGCUUAAUUCCCUAUGUGACAGCUGCUCAGGAAGUCCUCAACCAGGCGGACGAGAUGGAUGGAAAACAGUUGUUUUUCCUCUGCAUUGCCGCCGCUGCUGACGAUAAUGAUGAUGAUUUCACAACUGUGCCUUAUUCCAUUUUCCGUUUUCAUCUUUACUCCCAUCCGUGUGGACAGUUUGACAAAGGAAUGUACACUACUGCUUUGGUUGCCCAAGGUAUCUCUGACCUGAUCACGGCCUAUGGAGGAGUGGGCGAUUUGACAGAACACAAGCUGGUCAAAUUGAUCAACUUCUUGCUCGCUCGUGUCAAGUCGAACAAUCUCCGCGCUGCCGCCCAUUUGAUCUCCGCCCUGAGGAGUUUGGACAAAAACCCGCACAUUGCCCCUAUUGUAAUCCAGUCUGGCGUGCGUGCUGCCACGGCUGGUUCAGUUCACCGUAAUCAACCUGACGUCCAACUCACUCUGACUAACAUCUGGGGUGAUGUUACCUAUUCUGCUGACAAAUUGGCCCUGAAGGCUGGCGGUCUGUCUGCCAUUCAACGUUCGAACAAUAUACGAACUCUGGUUGGUCCAAACGAGCGUGGUGCAUUCAAACCUCAUGGCAAGUCAGCGUAUCAACUAUCGCUCCGUGGACCGGAUGGCACUCUGCCGGCUUGUGGACAUUAUGAAUUGGAAGUUUCCGGUCAGUGGACAAACUCGGCCGAGAAACGCACAAUCCUGGGGUUGACUGGUGUCCAACUUCCACUGGUGGUGCUGGUAAAGCCAAAGGUGGUCGGUGCCAUGGCGACGUUAUUGGAUGCAGCUCAUGAACAUCACAUAGCUGAUAUCAAGUUCCAACCGGGUCAACAAUAUACUGCUGCCACGCCGGAUGGCGCAAUCAAUAUAGACCACGGACAACAACUUUUGGUCAACAUAGGUUUGACUGAGGACAGUGACACGAAAACGCCAUUAACUGCCCAUCAAGUAUUCCUCCAACUGACCCACCAGGAGACGAAACAAGCGAUCACAUUUGUUCUGGAUGAAAGUUCAGAUUCUAAGAUUGUUGACGCCAAAUCCUACCGCAUUCGCUUGGCAAACGUUCAUCUACACUUCACGGGUCCAACUCAUUCGGAUUCGGCUAAACGUACUGCCGCCUCGGUGGAUAUCUCUCGACAACGUAGUCCAUCCACAGCUGGAAUGAAACGCGCUUCUGGGCCCAGCUCACUCAUUGGCACUGGUCCAACAAAGGCAAAACCUGGAAUCGAGCACAUGUUCAGACCCGCUGACAAGCGAGCCCCACGACCGUUGGCUUGGGCGUUCACCAUUGCAUGCGCUGUUCCUCUCCUCGGCCUACUGAUUACUUGGAUGAUCCUGGGCUUCAACCUACGCAACUUCCACUUCGGACUAUCCAACCUCAUUUUCCAUGGUGGUCUUAUAGCUAUUUUCACCUUGUAUUACAUCUACUGGUGUCGGCUGACCAUGUUCACCACGCUAGGAUAUUUGGUCCUGCUCGGUAUUCCCACAUUCCUUGCCGGUAAUCGAGUGCUUAGAGCCCAAGUGGCAGCACGCCUGACGGCCUCCACCGGGGCUGCAAAGAAAUGAAGAUCCACCGGUGAUUGUCCAUGCCACCCUCCCCCCUCCCUGGCCGUGUGUUUCACCUCCUUUUUCUGGCUUGUUUGUACAGCUGGUUACGGAGCUUUUUCGUGUGUCGCUGUUUGUUUAUAAUCUCUCCCCACCCCUUUGGCGCGCCUUGUUUUUGGGCAGCUCCUCUAUUUGACUGUGUCGAACCUGGUGAUAGUGUAAUACCUGCUCGUAUACGGAUCCCACGCCUCUUAGUUUACUUCACCCCGUGAGUGGAGUGGGGUGGUCAGAUUGAGCGCGGUUGUGACCAGUUCUAGGGGAACAAAUAUUUCCUAUGUUAGAAAUAUCAAUAUUUGCCCGUUUCACU